GUUGACGAUCGUGGGAGGGUUGGAAUACCGUGAAUACCGCGCUGUCCGCGUUGUCGUUUGAAAUCAAAGUUUAGUGUGUUUUUGCAGUUCGUCACGAUGCGUGGCUACGUGACGGCGUUGGUUUUGGUGGCGAUUGUGUCCGCGGCCAGUGCAACCUUUGGAUACGGAUUGCUGGGAGGAGGUGGAUAUGGUUACGAUGGCUAUGGUUCCCCAUGGAAUAACGGAGGAUAUGGAGGAGGAUAUGGUGGUUACGGAGGAUAUGGAGGAUAUGGCGGUUACGGCGGCUACGGUGGUUACGGAGGCUACGGUGGAGGAGGUUAUUAUCCUUAUGGGGGUGGUUAUGGAUACCCGGGCAAAUAUGGCGGUUAUGGAGGAUACGGAGGAUACGGAGGUGGGUACGGGGGAUAUGGCACGGGAUAUGGAGGAGGAUAUGGUGGUAUACGACCGUACUACCGCUGAAUGGACAAUCCGCGCUAGGCGAUAGGCUGGCUAGCCCUCACCAUCCGUCCGUUCGAAUGUGAUA